AUGUCAGGGAAUCACUACAAAGGCCACGAAGUCAGCUGCUGCAUCAAAUACUUCAUUUUUGGAUUCAAUAUCCUCUUUUGGCUGCUGGGUAUGGCCUUGGUUGGAAUUGGAUUGUGGGCAUGGAGUGAAAAGGGGGUUCUUUCCAACAUUUCGUCCAUCACAGACCUGGGCGGUCUGGACCCGGUGUGGCUCUUCAUGGUGGUGGGCGGAGUCAUGUUCAUUUUGGGCUUCGCCGGCUGCAUCGGAGCACUGCGGGAGAACACUUUCCUGCUCAAAUUUUUCUCCGUGUUCCUGGGAAUCAUCUUCUUCCUGGAGUUGACCACCGGAAUCCUGGCUUUUGUCUUCAAGGACUGGAUCAAGGACCAGUUGAACCUGUUCAUCAACAAUAACAUCCGAGCCUACCGGGACGAUAUCGAUCUGCAGAACCUUAUCGAUUUCACUCAGGAAUACUGGGAGUGUUGCGGCGCUUUCGGAGCGGACGAUUGGAACCUCAACAUCUACUUCAACUGCACAGAUGGGAACCCCAGUCGGGAAAAGUGCGGCGUUCCUUUCUCCUGCUGCACCAAGGAUCCCGCGGAGGAUGUCAUAAACACUCAGUGCGGAUACGACAUUCGCGCAAAACCAGAUUCCGAGCAGAAAGAUUACAUCAACGUGAAAGGCUGCGUGCCGCAGUUUGAGAAAUGGCUGCAGGACAACCUCACUUUGGUGGCCGGGAUAUUCAUCGGCGUGGCGUUGCUCCAGAUCUUCGGAAUUUGUCUGGCGCAGAACUUAGUGAGUGACAUUGAAGCCGUGCGCGCCAGCUGGUAA